GGAGGGAGGCGGUGCCGGGGCUGGGGUCUCUAGGCUGGAGCCGCGGCCGCCCGCAGCCCAGGUCGGCGACGCCGGCCGGGCGCACGCUUCGCCCCCGCUGCUGGCGGCGCGGUCCCUGUGAUGCUCAGAAGCCGCGAAAAAUAGAGCCGCCUCGUUGUCCCAGUCCCCUGACCAGCCGUGCCUGGCACGGAGCCGGGCAUCUGCGGGUACAGCGAUGAACAGGGCAGACGUGGCCAGGUGACACUCCCAUCACCCCACACCCCCAACUCUGAAAAAGAGCUCCUGAGACCUGAAUUACAGACCAUCAUUUUAAUUGGACAAAUUGCAGCUGGAACAAGCUUCUCUUUGGGAUCAUAAUGACCACCCAAGGCAGGGGAACUUUAGGCCUCAUCCCCAGGAGUGCUGUUCUCCAGAAGCAGGAGGGGCGCCUGACAGUGAAGCAGGAGCCAGGAAGCCAGACCUGGAGGAAGGGCUGCAGUUUCCAAAAGGAUCACCCACCUGUCAGUGAAAUUUUCCGGCUGCACUUCAGACAGUUAUGUUACCACGAGAUGUCUGGGCCACAGGAGGCACUGAGCCGGCUCCGGGAGCUCUGCCGCUGGUGGCUGAUGCCAGAGGUACACACCAAGGAGCAGAUCCUGGAGCUGCUGGUGCUGGAGCAGUUUCUAAGUAUCCUGCCAGGGGAGCUCCGGACCUGGGUGCAGCUACAUCACCCUGAAAGUGGCGAGGAGGCUGUGGCUGUGGUGGAGGAUUUCCAGAGACACCUCAGUGGACCAGGAGAGGUUUCAGCUCCAGCAAGGGAACAGGAAAUGCAUUUGGAGGAGGCGACAGCCCUGGGUGCCACAGAGGAAUCUCCUACUUCACCCCUCAGUGAGGGUUCAGCUGCUGGAGCCCACCUGGAGCCUCCUCACGACCCAGGGACCUGCCACCUCCCCAAUGGACACUCUGCUCAACAUGCUUCCCCAGUGCCUGCCCUUCCCGAAGCAGGGAACUUAGGAGAUCAAGCAGCGGCAACUGGGCUUCAGAUGGUCAGGCCCCAGGAAUCUUCAGCAUACGAGUUCCUGUGUGUGGACUAUACUCAGAAGAAGUGGAGUGUUCCAGCAGUCAUUCAGAGAGCCCUGUACCAGAACGUCAUGCCAGAAAAUUACUGCAGCAUGGCCUCCCUGGCAGGUGAGAAUAGGAUGGAGAGUUCAGAGUUGCCUGCAAAGCAGGAAAUUUCUAAAGGUUCCGAGUUGUCAGAUAGGAUAUCAGAAGGACUUUAUGGAGUGGUUCCUGGUGGACCAGAAGCUGGAGAUGCCUGUGAAGAUGCUUUGGAGAAGCUAGAAGGGCAAUCCUCAGAUGAGGAAAGGAGCCAACUGGAAAGUGAUUUCUUGGAAAUAACACACAAGAAUAAAAAUACAUCUACAAAAGAUGGGUGUAAUAAAUAUAAGGAACUUGGAAAACAUCCAUAUCUGCCUUCCAGUCCUGUGGAACAUGAAGGAGUUCUGAAGGGACAGAAAUUCUAUCCAUGUGAUGAAUGUGGUAAAGCUUUCAAUCGGAGUUCACACCUCAUUGGGCAUCAGAGAAUUCACACUGGGGAGAAACCCUAUGAGUGUAAUGAGUGUGGUAAGACAUUCAGGCAGACCUCUCAGCUCAUAGUUCAUCUCAGAACCCACACAGGGGAAAAGCCCUAUGAAUGCAACGAGUGUGGAAAGACCUAUCGACACAGCUCCCAUCUCAUUCAACACCAGAGACUCCAUAAUGGGGAGAAACCUUAUAAAUGUAAUGAAUGUGCAAAAGCCUUCACUCAGAGUUCCCAACUCAUUGACCAUCAGAGAACCCAUACUGGGGAGAAACCAUAUGAAUGCAAUGAGUGUGGGGAGGCCUUCAUUCGGAGUAAAAGUCUUGUCCGACACCAGGUACUUCACACUGGUGAGAAACCCUACAAGUGUAAUGAGUGUGGGAAAGCUUUCUGUUCUAAUAGAAAUCUUAUUGACCAUCAGAGAAUCCACACUGGGGAGAAGCCUUAUGAGUGUAAUGAAUGUGGCAAGGCCUUCAGUCGGAGUAAAUGUCUUAUUCGACAUCAGAGCCUCCACACUGGGGAAAAACCAUACAAAUGUAGCGAGUGUGGGAAAGCUUUCAAUCAGAACUCUCAACUUGCUGACCAUGAGCGAAUUCAUACUGGAGAAAAACCUUUUGAAUGUAAUGAGUGUGGUAAAGCAUUCAGUCUGAGUAAGUGUCUUAUUCGACAUCAGAGACUUCACACAGGUGAAAAGCCCUAUAAAUGCAGUGAAUGUGGAAAAUCCUUCAAUCAAAACUCACACCUCAUUAUACACCAGAGAAUUCACACUGGUGAGAAACCUUAUGAAUGUAAUGAGUGUGGGAAGGUCUUCAGUUAUAGCUCUAGUCUUAUGGUACAUCAGAGAACCCAUACUGGGGAGAAACCCUAUAAAUGCAAUGAUUGUGGGAAAGCUUUUAGUGAUAGCUCACAACUCAUUGUGCACCAGAGAGUUCACACUGGAGAGAAACCCUAUGAAUGUAUUGAGUGUGGGAAAGCCUUCAGUCAGCGUUCCACUUUCAAUCACCACCAGCGAACUCACACUGGAGAGAAACAGUAUGUAUGUACUGAGUGUGGGAAAGCCUUUAGUCAGAGCGCAAACCUUACGGUACAUGAGCGAAUCCACACAGGGGAGAAACCCUAUAAGUGUAAGGAGUGUGGAAAAGCCUUCAGUCAUAGCUCCAACCUUGUUGUUCAUCGGAGAAUCCACACUGGACUGAAGCCCUACACAUGCAGUGAAUGUGGGAAAUCUUUCAGUGGUAAGUCACACCUCAUUCGGCACCAGGGAAUUCACAGUGGGGAGAAAACUUAUGAGUGUAAGGAGUGUGGGAAAGCCUUUAGUCGGAGUUCAGGUCUUAUUUCACAUCACAGAGUUCACACUGGGGAGAAGCCCUACACUUGUAUCGAGUGUGGGAAAGCUUUUAGCCGUAGUUCAAACCUCACUCAACAUCAGAGGAUGCACAAAGGAAAAAAAGUUUACAGAUGUAAGGAGUGUGGGAAAACAUGUAUUUCUAAUACAAAGAUUAUGGACCAUCAGAGAAUUCACACAGGGGAGAAGCCUUAUGAAUGUGAUGAGUGUGGAAAAGCUUUCAUCUUAAGGAAGACCCUUAAUGAACAUCAGAGACUUCAUCGUAGAGAGAAACCUUACAAAUGUAACGAGUGUGGGAAAGCUUUUACUUCUAAUCGAAACCUUAUUGAUCAUCAGAGAGUUCACACUGGAGAGAAACCUUAUAAAUGUAAUGAAUGUGGAAAAACCUUCAGGCAGACUUCUCAAGUUAUUUUACAUUUGAGAACCCACACUAAGGAGAAGCCCUAUAAAUGUAGUGAGUGUGGGAAAGCCUAUCGUUAUAGCUCACAGCUUAUUCAACACCAGAGAAAACAUAAUGAGGAGAAAGAAACCUCAUAAAUAAUAUGUAUUGUUGGUAGUAGAACUAAUUGCUCCUUUUUGGAAAAGCAAUUUUUCAGUAUCAUCAACUUUAAUUCUGUUUCUAAGAAUCCGUACAGGGGAAGUAAUCAGAAGCAGACAAAGAUUAACAGAAGGGAUAUUCAUGCCAGCAUCAUAUAUAACUGAAGGAAGAAAACUAGAUUUUCAGCAGUGCAGGGUUUUAAUGAAUGAUGGUCUAUCCGUAUGAUGGUUUUGCAGCCAUUGUAAACAUUUUUAAAGCAUAUUUAAUGCCAUGAGGGAAAUGAUUUGGAUAAAAUGGAAGAUAAAUGAAAGAGAAAACAAUGAAGUAUGAUCCAAAUUUUUGAAAACAUUUAU